AACAAACUCAGUAAUGAGCACAAACUCUGCUUCACUCUACUCCACCACCCUCACUCCCACCAUGGAAUCCCUCAAACAACCCCUCUUCUCUCUCCUCUUUCUCUCCCUCCUCACUCUUCACAUCUCAGCUACAACAAUGACGCUGUACAACAAAUGCAGCCACCCUGUCUGGCCUGGGAUCCAGCCUGGCAGCGGCUCUCCGGUGCUGGCCAAGGGCGGAUUCAAGCUGCCUCCGGGGAAAUCGUACGCGCUCCAGCUCCCCGCCGGCUGGUCCGGCCGCGUCUGGGGCCGCCACGGCUGCUCCUUCGACGCCGCCGGCCGCGGCCGCUGCGCCACCGGCGACUGCGGCGGAUCUCUCUACUGCAACGGCCUCGGCGGAACCCCUCCCGCGACGCUGGCUGAGAUUACCCUCGGGAACGAGCAGGAUUUCUAUGACGUCAGCCUCGUCGACGGCUACAAUCUGGCCAUCUCCAUCACUCCCUUCCGCGGCAAAGGCAAAUGCAGCUACGCCGGGUGUGUGAGCGACCUAAACAUGAUGUGCCCGGUCGGUCUACAGGUCCGUUCUCACGAUAAGAAGAGGGUAGUGGCGUGCAAGAGCGCGUGCUUCGCCUUCAACUCGCCCAGGUACUGCUGCACAGGGAGCUUCGGGAACCCUCAGACGUGCAAGCCCACGGCCUAUUCUCGGAUCUUCAAGACCGCUUGCCCCAAGGCCUACUCGUAUGCCUACGACGACCCCACCAGCAUCGCCACUUGCACCGGCGGCAACUAUUUGCUCACUUUCUGCGCCCACCAUUAGACAUAUCUCCCAUUUAUGCAGCACUAUAUUAUUAUUAUUAUCAUAGUUAGCUAGCUAGUACUACUAAGUAUGUUGUGACAAUUGAUGGAUUUGGACAAUGGAAUUUUGUUGGUAUUCUAUUCAUGGCAUGUUGAAUUUAGGUCA